AUGGAGUCCCCUUUGAGCAAGAGGAAUCCGGCGAUAAGAUUAGCGGAUUUGGCAGCGACUCAACCUCUUCCUCAUCAGAAUAUGACAGGCUUCCCGGGGCUAGGGGGGCAUCACCCUCACUCCCACCAUGCUCACCACCACCCUGGGGAGAUGGGCAACGACCCCGGAGUGGCACUCACUCCAUUUGGACCCGAGCACAUGGCACAGACAAAUGCUCUCAAACUUAGCCCCUCUCAGCACAUUCAGAGCUAUCCUGAAGCCCAGACCGUUGCAGCGGCAGCAGCAUCCUUCACUUCUACUCAGACCACAGUUGGUUACCCCGUGGCUCCUCACCCUCACUCAGGCUACUCUAACAGCAGGGACUACAUCCUCAGGAGAGAACUCUCAGCCUCGGCUAUGCAUGCACUUGGCGACCAGCAUAGUUCAGCCUCCUCCCCUCAUCACCAUGGCAUGUUCAUCUCCCCAACAGGUGCUUAUGGGCACGCCGAGACUUGUGCCCUUCCACUUUUCUCUGGACUCCACGACCAGGCGGCACCAGGUGCCCACCAUCACCAUCACCAUGCCCUCAACGGGCAGAUGCGUUUGGGUCUACCGGGGGAUAUCUACGGCAGGCCAGAGCACUUCGUCCACAGGCCCGAGCACUAUGGACCUUCUUCCCUCCACAGCUACAACUCCAUGAACCUCAAUGUGAACAUCGCUUCUGCUCCUCACGGAGCCGCGGGGGCGUUUUUGAGAUACAUGAGGCAGCCCAUCAAGCAAGAGUUAAUCUGCAAAUGGAUUGACCAAGAGCAAACUUCAAAGAAGCCCUGCUCCAAAACGUACAGCACCAUGCAUGAGCUGGUCAACCAUGUCACGGUGGAGCACGUCGGGGGACCGGAGCAGAGCAGUCACGUCUGCUUCUGGGAAGAAUGUCCGCGCGAGGGGAAAGCUUUUAAGGCGAAGUACAAACUAAUAAACCACAUCCGAGUUCACACGGGAGAGAAACCCUUCCCUUGCCCUUUCCCCGGCUGUGGAAAAGUGUUCGCUCGCUCGGAGAAUCUAAAGAUUCAUAAAAGGACACACACAGGUCAGUGAAAGAACAAAUAUGUAUUGUGAAAAGUUUUCAUUUUAACUGCUGGCGGCAUGGUGACCAUGCGUAAAAGUAACGGGAACGAGAUUUAAUCAAAUACAACUAACUAUUCAUACAGUCGAGCCAAGGCAUCACCUGAUUCGAUGAAGAGUUUCUGAAACAUAAGCUUUUUAGACAUUGAAACUAGACGUGAAACUAGACGUGGGUGGUUAUGCAUUAUGGUUUGUGAAACUUGCUUACGUAUUUCCAAGUGAGUGAAUACCACGCGUAAUGUAGUUAUCAGUCCGUAGAGGACGUUUACGCCUUUAUGGCUCAUGUUACUGCUAUGUUGAUAUAGCGAAUUGUCGCAGCAGAAGCAACCAUCAGUUCAAUCUCUAUGUACUGAUUUUAUAAGUUACUAAAUCGAGCUCCGGGUGAAAAUUAAACAAUUUUUUGGGGGGGGAAAGUUAUAACAGUUUUAGACUAUUGUGUUAUAGGCUGCUGAUAACCACAUCGAAACUUGACUCACAAUAAUUUCAGACUAAAGAAAAACAACAAAGUGAAAACGGGCCACUGGGGCUUGUCCUUAAAUGCCAACAACAGCAAUGGCGUUAAUGCAAGUCAGUCUAAACACUUGUAGUAUGAUGCAAUACAGUAUGCAGUGCCACGCGUGCUAUGUUACCGAAUAGCCUGCAAAGCAGACCAACUUUCCAACUUAUAACUCACACGAGGGCUGGCCUAUUUGGAAAGCAAGUUGCACCCAAGACUGGACUCACGCGAAAAACAGCAUGUGGAAACCACGAUGAUUCAACCAGUGUGUGCCCAGUGGGAAGGGGCCGCUCCAACACCAUGUCCAUGCUUUGAAAGCAUGAGAUCUUGGUUGCCUAGAUCUUGGUUGCCUGGUGUAUGUUUUUUCUAUUUUGAAUUGUCCAUUUUUACAAUCAUAAAAUCAUUUUUAAAUACAAUCAUUGCAACAUAUAGGAUUAUCUUUAUCAAAAAAGACAUUCAUUUAGGCCUACCAAUGCACUUGUUUCCUCAGUACUGUAUAGGCUACACAUUUCCCCCACGCGUUCCCGCAGUAUAGCCCACGGGCCACCCUAUGUUCCAUGUAAGUCAGUCAGUCAGGAACAUGCCUAGUACAUGUGGGAGAGGAGUGGCUGCGGGUGUAGAUGUAUAAUAAAUUAGGUAUGUCGGACAGGAAGCCCUUGCGGCAGAAUGGGCUGCCACCGACCAUUUAUGGAGUAAUUACUGCGGGAAGUGGUAUGUUACCAGGCAGUUAAGCGAUGGAUUCAAUUAUAGUCCUAGUUUGGGUAGAGCAUGUGGACGUCCAUGUUGAAUAAGGUGAAAAAUCAAUAAUAGUUUGUAUAGGCCAAAUUAAAAGGAAUUGACAUUUCUGUUUGCUGGGAAUAUAUUGUAGGCUAUAGAUUUGAUGUCAUAAAAAUGGUUAAUGGUCCUAUCCAUUUGGUCACUUUAUUAUUCUCCUUGGACUUUGACGAAAUGUUUUUAUAAAGGCCAUUAUAAAAUGUCUUCAUUAUGUUUUUGAAACACAAAGUGCACAUUCUGUUAUCGUACAUGCACCCUUUCCGUAGAGUUAUUGGAUAUGAGUAGCCUAAUAAUAAAUGUUUCAAUCUCUUCCAGGAGAGAAGCCUUUCAAGUGCGAGUUUGACGGCUGCGACAGGAAAUUCGCCAACAGCAGUGACCGGAAGAAGCACUCCCACGUCCACACGAGUGACAAGCCUUACUACUGCAAAGUCCGAGGCUGUGACAAGUCCUACACGCACCCCAGCUCGCUGCGAAAGCACAUGAAAGUCCAUUGCAAGUCGCCCCCGCCCCCUUCCUCCAACGUUUCAUACCAUUCCUCUUCGAACCCUCUCAGCGCGCCCCUUUCGCCCGUCUCCGAACCGCACAGGAACCGGUCAGCGAAUCUCUCGCCUCAGGUUACCAACCUUAAUGAGUGGUACGUGUGCCAGGGGAGCGGGGGACCCAACCACCUCCACACCCCCUCCAGCAAUGUGCCAACGACGGACUCGGAAGAGGAGGACUCUUUCAGAAAUGCAGACCCAAGGACAAUGCUGUAA